AUGCAGUUCCAAUCCCCAGGCAAAGAUGUAGUCAACACGGACAUAGCUCCUGGAAUAGACAAAAGACUUUGCGGGGCGCGGAUUCAGACCUACCUGCUCGAGAAGGUGCGCAUCUGCGACCAGCAGGAGGGCGAGCGCAACUACCACAUCUUCUACGAGGGAUGCGCUGCGGCUGCAGCUAUGGCGUCGUCAUCUUACACAUUUCCCCAGAGGCUGGCGAAGGAGAAAGUCAAGGAGGAGAUGACGGUGGACCUGACCGGCUUCGCCGACUUGUCCAAUUUUGCUUUUCUCACGCGCUCCACGUGCAAGACGUUGAAGGACGUGGACGAUAUCCAGAUGUUCGAGGUCCGAAUCGCUGCCAUGCAGGCAAUUGGCUUCAGUGGGGACGACAUUAACACGGUCAUGAACAUCAUCAGCGCAGUGUUGAAUCUUGGCAAUACCAAGUUUGACGCGCCGGCCAACAACAGCGAGGGCUCCCAGGUGAUGUCUGAGUGCUCCAAGUCGAUCGAGAUGGCGGCCCAGCUCACCGGGGUCAGCAGAGAGUCGCUCGAAAAGUCGAUCUGCAACACCACGCGGACCGUCGCGGGCAGCAAGAUCAGGAGCCCGGUGAAGGUGACGCAGGCGGCCGACAACCGCGACGCCCUGGCAAAGGCCCUCUACGGGCUGAUCUUCAACUACGUUGUGAAAGUCGCGAACAGGUCGAUCGGAUACAAGGAGGACGUGAAGCUUUUCGUGGGC